AUGCAAUUCCACCUCUUCCCUCUCCUGCUCCUCGCCGCCAGUCCAUUAGCAGCCAGCUUCCGCUGCAGCGGCGCACUUGCUGGCAAAUGCUGCAAUCCUUCUUCGCUGUUCAGCAGCGGCACCAUCUCCUUCGGCAUCUAUUCUGCAUGCUCGCCAGCGAAGGUUCAGGCGAAUACGAACCCGGCUUUGAAGCAGUAUACUUGUAAAUUGAAUACGCCUGGGCAUACGCAAGGGAACUGCUGUUAUUCGCUUGGGAGUACGGCUGUUAUCUGCGGGGAGGCAUGA